AUUCUAGGAUAAAGCUACAAAGAAAAUGGAUAGCGAAUCAGACAUUUAUCGUGAGUUGUGUGAUAAUCCAACAUUAUAUGUUUCACCAAGAGAACUUUUCGAAGUUAUGUUACCUAAUGAUGGUACAGUGUGUUUUAUCAGUAUGGUGGAACAAAUCGACAGUACAAUUGCUGUUAAAACUAAAAAUGGUGAAGUUCAACGUUGUCGAGUAAUUUUGACAAAUAAUAAAGACUGGAAGGUUCAAGUUACUAUAUGGGGCAAUAACAUAAAUCGAGUUAUACAUAACUUUAAAACAUCAUUUGUGGUACAUGUAUCCGGAGCUUUUUCUCAAAAACGUUAUUCUAAGAGUUUAGGAAAUGUCCCUAUGGAUUUAACUAUCAAAGAUUAUACAGUUGUGAAUGUCAUUGGAAAAUUCGAGAAUAUGAAUAGAGGAAACUAA